UUAAUUAUUUAUUAAUAUUUUAAUAAUUAUUAAAUCUGAUUGUUCAGAUUAACACGAAGAUGUCCUGUCGCAACGCUUCGCACGCUGGUAGCUGGUAUACGGAGAAUGGUAACGAGCUGUCGCGUCAGCUGGACCUCUGGCUGUCGAAAGCGGAUCUCACCCAUGGACCAGCUAGGGCCAUCAUUGCACCCCACGCUGGGUAUUCUUAUUGCGGCGCGUGUGCAGCGUUUGCCUACAGACAAGUUAGUCCCGUAGUUGUCAAGCGUAUCUUCAUCCUUGGUCCCUCCCACCACGUGAGGCUCGGAGGUUGCGCCCUCUCGUCGCUCGACAAGUACCAAACUCCUCUCUACGAUCUCACCAUCGAUAAGCAAAUUUACGCGGAACUGGAAGCGACUCGCCAAUUCGAAUGGAUGGAUGUUCAAACUGAUGAAGAUGAGCAUUCGAUCGAGAUGCACCUUCCUUACAUCGCUAAAGUUAUGGAGGAAUACCAAACAGGUUUCACGAUCAUCCCGAUCCUAGUUGGCUCGCUGACCCCAGAAAAGGAGGCUAAAUACGGGGCGAUUUUGGCCCCAUACUUGGCAGAUCCCCAAAACUUGUUGGUGAUAUCAUCAGAUUUCUGUCAUUGGGGAUCUAGGUUCAGAUAUACAUGGAAAGAUAAUUCUAGGGGUCAUAUUUACCAGAGCAUCGAGUGGUUGGAUAAACAGGGUAUGGACAUCAUUGAAAAGAUGGAGCCACGUGUGUUCACUGACUAUCUUAACAAGUAUGGAAAUACUAUAUGUGGACGACAUCCCAUUGGCGUGCUUUUACAGGCCAUAGCGAAGCUCCGCAGUUCGUCGAAUUCGCCUCGCAUGUCGAUGAAAUUCUUGAAAUACGCUCAAUCGUCCCAAUGUAUGAACUCUCAAGAUUCAUCAGUCUCCUACGCUAGCGCUUCCCUAGUUAUCGAAUAGGGUAACACUAACACGAAGGCAAGUAGUUUAAAUUGAAAUUUUGUGUAAAAAAAUUGCUCACUUAUACCCACUUAUGUCCACUUAUGCUUACUUAUGUCCACUUAUGUCCACUUAUGCUUACUUAUGCCCACUUACGCUUACUUAUACUCACUUAUGCAGUGUUUUGAUCUGAUAUAAUGAAAGUGACUUAAUCGAUAGUAAUUAUAGCUCUGUUUAAAUAAGAUUUUAAUGUCUAUAGGUUGAGAUUUGGUUAAUAAAAGGCAGCUUUAGCAUUUUAUUAAGGCAAACAACUUUCCUUAAAAAAAUCAAAAAUAGCAUUUGCUGA